AGUUUGGCAAAUUGUAAAUUAAUUUUAUUUGAUAAACAAUCCAAAAUUAGUUAUUAUUGAUUGUUUUAGAGUGAACAAGUGUAUAAUGAUGAUAUUCGUAUGGAUGCUAUAUCCGGUGAUCGAGGAGAAAUUCUACCACCAUUACCAACAAAUAAUACUACUACAAAUGACUCUUAA